UGGCAUACUGUUUAAACAAUAUUUGCUCGUCGCGCGAUAAGCAUCAAAUCUAGAAGAGCCAAACCGGCACAGUGAUAGUGUGAAAUUAAACAAACAAAAUCUUGAAAAGUAAACAGAUUUGGCUCCAGUGACUCUUCAAAUAUUUAAAAUACCUAAUUACGACAACCAGCUUAAUCUCUUUGAGAAGUCCGAAGAGCACGGAGAUGGAGGUACAGACAAGUCGCGUUGUCCCCGAUGGCGGCUACGGAUGGAUUGUUGUGGCCGCCGUGGCCUUGAUCAAUAUGACCAAUCAGUCCAUUCUGUCUGUAUUCGGCCAACUAUUUGUGGGGGAACUCCAGAAGCUGCAGGAGGACACCUUUACGGCGGCUUUGAUCACCAAUUUAAACAGCCUGGCUCUAAACUUUUCAGGCCUCUUUAUUGGACCCGCCAUCAAAAGCUUCAAGGCAAGAAAUGUGGCCGCCUCAGGCUGUGUCCUAGUCUCCUUAGGUUUAGCUCUUUGCGCAUUUGCUACUGAGAGCUGGCACUUUAUUGUGGGCUACAGUUUUUUCGUGGGCUUCGGAUUGGGCCUCAUCUCACCCUCUACAUUCAUGGCAAUCAACUCGUACUUUACCAGCAAGCGAGGAAGGGCGGUGGGUGUGUCCCUAGCUGGUGCUGGUCUUGGCCAGGUGCUUAUACCUCAUUUAGUGCGUUACCUAUUGGAAAACUACGGUUUUCGAUAUGCAGUUCUAGCCAUGUCCUCUCUGUCACUACUUGGACUUUUCGGUGCUGCUUUCCUAAAACCACUAAAUCCGCCUGCUAAGCACAACAAUCGCAAACACAUUCGGCUUCUGGCGGAAACGGAUGGCGAGAAAAGGCAAUCUAGUCCCCUCCAAGUGGUGAUUGUUCCUUCUAGCCAAAGCAAGUACGACGCUAGUCUACCAAAGACAAAUACUCUGUGUAGCCGAAUGGGAGAACGUCUAGUUCAGGCCAUGGAUCUGGAACUGCUAAAGGAUCUGGUUUUCUGGAGCAUCAUAGUGGGCAUGGCCCUAGUCUACACGGCCACAAUUAACUUUACGAUGAUCUUUCCUGGAUUUCUUGCACAGACAGCGAAACUGAACAGCCAGCUGGUGGCCUUCUGCAUGUCUGUUGUAGCAGGAGCCGAUAUCGUGUGCCGGCUUCUUUUACCCAUCAUAACCGAUUAUUUGAGAAUACCCUAUCGCGUUGUAUUCCUCAUCGGCAUCGCAGGACUCUUUGUCGCUCGUUGUGUGCUAGCCGAGAACCCAGAGCUACCCAUCAUCAUUACAAUGUCUGUGCUGACGGGUAUAAUGAAGUCAGCCACUGUGAUUAACAACAAUCUCACUAUAUCAGCGCAUUGUCGUUCUGAAAAACUGGCAGGCGGUUUGGGACUAAGCAUGAUGUCUAAAGGAGUGAUUGUAAUCACAGUGGGCCAGGUGCUGGGAUGGGUGCGGGAUUUCGCUGACUCCUACUUGAUCUGUCUGUACGUUCAGGGAGCGAUUCUGCUGCUGGUUGUUUUGGUUUGGACCCCGGAGAUCUUGUACCGCCACCGCAGGCAAAGACGUUCUACCACCAAGUCCAUGGAGACACAGACUGUUGACGCAGCCGAAGAGGUGACCAAACUCCAUUCUUAAAACGCUGUUAACUGGUCUGGUCUGGAUUAGUGUUUAAGCGAGGGAGUUUUGUAUUGACUGUCAUGUGAUAGGCGGCAGAAUGGGUUCCCUGGAGGGAACCUUAGAACCCGCCGCAGUAGUUAUCUGGGUUGUGAGAAAGGACCAGUGCCAGGAACAACACUAUUUGUAUAACUAUGCAUCUUAGGAUAAGGUUUUCGAUUAUUUAUUGCCAUUUAACUCUUAGAGACUUAUCUUUUGUACCGCCUGAAGAGCCAAAAUACACAUUAACCAAGUAUCCG